GCGCUCGUCCCGGGCUCGCGGCGGAUCCCGCGUUCGACCCGGCUCCGCGGCGGCCUGGACAAUGGCACCUCAGAGGAGGGGCGCUCCCAAGGCGCCCGAGGGCAACCGGGCAGCUGACCGCCGGCGCCCGAGCAGCACCAAGAGUGUCCGGGCGCCUCGGGAUGUGUGGAAGAAGUGGCUGAGAGUUGCCGUCCUGGGGGCCUGCACCACGUUCGUUGCGCUCCUGCUCUGGGGCAGUCUGGGGGGUGAUGACAGCAUCACUGAGGUCCUAGCUCAUCGAAGUGAGGUCCUGCCAGGCAGGUUCAUUGAGGUGCCCUGCUCCGAGGACUAUGACAGUCACCGAAGGUUUGAAGGCUGCUCCCCGAGGAAGUGUGGCCGGGGCGUCAGCGAUGCCAUCAUCACCAGGGACGAAGCCCGGAGGAUUCGCAGCAUAGCUGAGAAGGGGCUGUCCCUGGGAGGAUCGGACGGAGGGGCGUCUAUCCUGGACCUGCACUCGGGGGCCUUGUCUGUCGGGAAGCACUUUGUGAACCUGUACAGAUACUUUGGGGAUAAAAUACAAACUAUCUUCUCAGAAGAGGACUUCCAGUUGUACCGGGACCUGCGGCAGAAGGUCCAGCUGGCAAUCGCCCAGGCAUUUGGCAUCAGCGCGUCCUUGUUGCACCUGACGAAGCCCACCUUCUUCUCCCGCAUCAACAGCACGGCGGCCCGCACGGCUCAUGACGAGUACUGGCACGCGCACGUGGACAAGGUGACCUACGGCUCCUUCGACUACACAUCACUGCUGUACCUCUCCGACUACCUGGAUGACUUCGGUGGCGGGCGGUUUGUGUUCAUGGAGGAGGGGGCCAACAAGACGGUGGAGCCGAGAGCAGGUAGGACUCAUGGGCGGGCGUUUCCCGGGAUGCAGCAUUUACGGUGUGUCCAGUGUGUCCAUGGAGCACAUUCGUCAGAGGAGGAGGUAGGCGUGGCCACGGUCACUGAGUCACUGCAGAGUGAGUUCCCAGAGCCAGCCCCCACUCCAUCCCCUGUAGUGACUCAGAAGCUUAAGACAGACGGAUGAGGCAGUGAUCCUCACCUAAUGUCGGUAAACCACACCCGACCUGGUGGUCCCAGAGCUCCCACUGCCCCCAGCCCAGCUCUGACACUCAGUGCUGCUCAGUGAGCAUGCGUGGAGCGAGGAAUCGUCCCCUCUCUUCCCCAGGUUUUGGGGUGGGGAGGGGCGGGGAUCCCCCAGGGGCUUCCUGAGGGGCAGCCCAGGCCCCGGCCCAGCCCCAGAUGAGACUCAGAGACACAGCCAGGCCAUUUGACUCUGGCCUGGGCACCUCGACUGUGCAGCACCACUCACCUGCUGCCGUGGCUCACCCGACCCCACCGCGUCACCCUGCUUACUGUGUGUGUAGCUGUGUCCGCUUCCGCCUGGCAGCAGGCAGCUCAAACCAAUGAGGCUGUCCACCUGUGUUGGUUUAGAAUGUUCCCGUUAGCCAUGAGGCAGUCCUGCAAGCCACUGAGUCCAAAUGCUCCUUGCAGUAGCGCUGAAUCCACGCAGAAGUGCCUUGGACAUCAGAAGGUGUAGAAAGGAAGUUAAACAGCUUAGGACUGGCUCUCUUCCCUCAGUGGGUGAGUGCUGGAGGGGGGCAGACCCAGGCGCAGGUCAGUGGGCAGGAGGGGCUCAGAACGCCCUGCAGCUCCAAGGCUUUAAUGGACCAAGAGCCAGAGAAGCUGCUGGUGCUAAGGCUGGGGGUCACAUGUCACGUGCUUCUGGGAGGUGUCCAGGAAUGCUUGUGGACUAAGAGGAGAAAUGCAGGUGGGUUCCAAAAACUGAGAUGACUGUAUUUUUGGUUACUAAGUUGCCGAGCUAAAUCCCGCUUUAAAGAAGUGGGUGAUAAUCUAAUAGCUGUUUACUGAAGAAAAUAAAAAGCCAGAAAGCACCGUUCAUGAAUGCCGAAAGUUUCACGUUUCUGGGGUUGGGUGGGCCGUCGCCUCCGUGUGAGUGUUACGCCUUGUAGGGUGAGUUACCAGCGCUGGCCUGCUGGUCACUGCGCAGGUGGUGAUUUCAUGCCAACAGUUUCCUCCUGGUUCUGAUGACUGGCGGCCUGCCCUCGGGUUCUUCCUGGUGUUUGUGUCGUGCCCAUCAUUGUCUUGAUCACUCUGGACUUGGGAGCUGUCAGAAUAGGUGUGGGGCUUAACUACUGGUGCAUUAAAAAGGAAAGAAGGUCUUAGGCAAGAUUGUGAGCCCUUGUGGGCCUUUCCUCAACAAGCUAUCACGUUGACGUUGGGUUGGGUCAGCAGAUUCCCGUUCCGGGUCAGCAGGACGAGAGUCACUAACUCUGUCCCAUCCGCACAGACGUCACCGGGAGCCUGGCAUUUGGCGGUGAGCGUGAUGCAGCUGCUGUGACAGGCUGUGCCAAAGGGGUUAUCAUUUUCCCUAGAAGAGUUCAUUCUCUCUUAUGGAAAUUAACAGGAAAAUAUGCUGAAUGUUUUCAGUUUUCCCACUUACUUUCCAGAGCCCUCCGUCCCCUCCUGUGCAUCCAGGUUUCCAACAGGUACAUUCCCCUUCUGCCUCAGCAUUUCUUGGAGUGCAGGUCUGCUGGUGAUGGUUUUUCUGAAAAUGUCCUUAUUUCACCUUUUUUUCUAAAAGAUAUUUUCACUGGAUGUGAAAUUCUGGAUUGGUGGGUUUUUUUCCUUUUUCUUUAAAAGCAUCAUCCCUUUCCUCUGGCUCCCCUGUUGCUGUCACCGCUGUCACUGCCCCAUAGUAGCUGCCUCUUUGCUCUGCCACCUCCAGGAUGUUCUCUAAUCUCUGGUUUCAUCAGUUUGAUUAUGAUGUGCCUCAGUGUGGAGUUGUUUGUAUUUAUCCCACUUGGAGUAUUUAUCCUGCUAAGCUUAUUGGAUUAAAAGUCAAAGUUUUCGUCACAUUAGGGAAAGUGUUGGUCAUUAUUUCUUCAAAUCGCCUUUUCCUGCCCCAGUAUGAACCCCUCCUCUCUCCGAGGCUCCAACAUGAAUGGUGGACGGUUUCCUAUUGUCCCACAGGCCACGAGGAGCUUCACUUUUCCUCAGUCCUUUUCUUCUCUGUUCUUUGGUGCCUCUGUUUGCAAAGUGUGCAGAAAUGCUGGGGUGUGGGGGGGGCGCCCAGAGACCCCCACUCUUGCUGUAAGUCGGCGACAUUUGAUAACUGUGUCUGCAGUGGGGUGGCGGCAGGGGCGUGCACAGAUGGCGUGGAUGGGCAGACGGGCCUGGCUACAUGUCUGAGGUCUCAGGUGUGACUAAAAGUGGAAAGACUGAGGACAAAACGUCCUUUAGCAACGUGAGCCUCAGAAAGUGGCGUGACUCCAGAUUGCUCUGGGAAAGAGUGUUUCCUUCAGGUCAGGGGCGGCCUGGCUGGUCCAGAGGAGGGUCUGAGUUCUUGGUGUCCCCGGGCCCCCAUGCAGAGGUUUCCGUGUGUCACACGAUUUCUUUUGCUCCCUUGUUUCCGGGCAGAGCACGGUUCUCUGUUUACAACCAGAAAGCAGCAGACUCUGGGGUAGACUUUUCUCCUCUCUCAAAGAUUUAGCAGUUGAGUUCCUGGCAGUGACCUUUUGAAGAGAAAUGAAGUUGUCAUGGGACAUUUGGGGCAGGGCCGUGUGGCGGUGAUGCGGCGCCUACAGGAUCCCAGGGCUCCUCCCACACGAUUCUGUAACGGUCAACUCGUUUGUCCUAAAAAAUCUAUGGUGGGUGUAUGAGGCCAGUUAAAUAUGGAAGCCCAUAAACACGGGGUUCUCUGAACACAGGUGGGUGGAGGACCCCUGCUCCAGGACGCUCGGAAGCCGCCUCCCGAGUCCUGUCUUUAGCUGCCCUGGAGGGAGCUACAGGCGCUGGGUGUCUGUCUCCACACGCCUUUCCUGAUCCGUUGCCAAAACAUUGUCAUCACCUUGCAGGGUUUGGUUUUGUUUCAUGUGUGAUUAGAAAUAAGAUCAUAAAAAAAAAAAAAAAAGAAAGAAGAUCAUAAGUUGGGCCCGAGGAGGUCACAUGGCUUGUAGAGGCCCCUGGGGGUGGCAGCAGGGCCUCACCCCAAGUCCAGGUUGCCCCACAAAGAGCCCGCAGAGGCUGGGCUGGGUGCUUGGGGUGCCCUUCGUCCUGUGCGAGGGCUCUCCUGCUGGUUUAUCUCCAACCCCCGCCUUCCUGCAUCAGCUGUUUCUCCAGCCUGCCCGGUUGGUCGUGUUGCUGCGUUGGCCUAAACACAGGUCCUCUGAGGCCUGGCCACGCAUGUGGCCUUGAA